CGAUCGCAGUAGCGGCGGUGCGCAAGCUGUGUCGGAGCUUAAACCCUACACAAAAAAGCCUGCGAACCUCUCCCCCCAAACCGCCAUCUCCUUCGCCUCCGAUGGCCGCGGCCCGCUCGCUCCGCCGCCUCAUCGGAACCCUAGCCGGCCCGCCGUCGCGCCUCCCGAGGCCUCCGGUGGUGCAGCGGCGUCGGCAGCAGCAGCACCACAGGUCUCUCCACUCGUCCCCUCCUCGCGCGCCGUCGGAGAGGCACCCGCCGCCUCCCGGUCGCGCCCGUCGGGCGCCAUCUCGAUCCUACAUCUCGGAUAUGCGCAAGUCCGCCUUCGAAGGCAACAUCCUCAGGCUCCUAAGGAACGAGAUCCAGUGCGAGCUCGAACGCGCGCCUUCUGCCAAGCCAGUGGAUAGAUUUGGGCCCUUCACAGUUGAUGACCGGCCGGGAGAGCAAUGGAUUAGAUUGAAAAGAAAAUUUGGGGGGAAUGAAGAUAUCAACAUUGAAGCCACCAUGUUUGAUGGAGCUAUUCCUGCCUCGAAAACUGCUGGCGGCCUUGGAGAAGAUGUGGAACUCCAUAUUUCUUUCGUUGUCAAUAUCACGAAGGACAAAGGCAGUAAUGUCUUGGAGAUCAUGUGCUCUGCCUGGCCCGAUAGUAUCGAGAUAAACAAACUUCUUGUCCGUGGUUGUCAAAGAAUGCCAUCUGGCUUGUAUACUGGUCCUGGAUUCAAGUCAGUGAUUAUUUCAAUUUGCAGGGAAUUGGAUGAUGAGUUGCAGGAUGCACUUUAUGAUUUCCUGGAAGAGAGAGGAGUAGAUGAUGAACUUGCAGUUUUCAUGCAUCAGUACAUGGCGAAUAAAGAUAAAACCGAGUUUAUCAAGUGGAUGGAUACGGUGAAACAUUUUGUUGAGAAAAAAACAAUAUGAUCAAAUAUUAUUUGACGGACACAGUUCAUCAUAUUGUAUUCAAUCAUGAUCUUAUUGGCGGGUAUCAGUCUUUAGGGCAUUUGAGCAAAUGCAAUGGUUGAAUGAGUACGUGGAUACAUCAAGCAGCCAAGUUGGCUUAACUUGACAGUUGAAUUGCUGUGUGGUCGAAGUUUUUUCCUUGGACUUUGCUGCCAUGCUAAAAGAACUUGAUAAAGGAUCGGGACGUUUCGAGAAGUAUGAGGUUCGACUGUAAUCUCUUGAGAUCUAGUCACGAGGACAUAAUUCCAUUCGGUUUGACAUAGAGAGCUUGUCUUUGAUUGGAUUGAGGAUGCGCGGUUAUCAUCAUCUUGACGGUAAUGCUUGGGAGAGAAUACUCUCAUUCUGCUUUAUCUGGGGAUUUUUCAUUUUAUUUUAGUUUCCCUUAGCAUAGUAGGAGGGAAGGAGCAGUUUCCCAAGGAACAUAUGCCUGAUAAAAGAGCAAGAGCCACAGGUGGGGGCAUCUUUCACAAAAGCAAGCAGCAUCUGAUAUUGACGAUGUUGCUUUUCUUCUUUCUCUUAUCUUGUCUUUUCUUUAUCGUAGGGAACAUUCGAGCAAGUCCAUGUUGAUGCUGAAAAGGUAUACAAACCUUUUGCUGGAACUUAAUUCCUAAUUUACACCCUUAUUUGGGUAUACUUUUGCUUUUCA